AUGUCGCCCUCUCUCCUCUGUGCGAGAAAACUCGAUGCAAUCCUGGUGAGACACGUUGGACUUGCUCCACUUUUCAAGGCGCAGGCUCGGCUUCUUGGUCCAGUGAUAGCCAUAGAAUCUGGCAAACAUGCUGUCUCGUAUAAGGAAUUGCAUUUCAAAGCCCUCCAGCUUGCACAAUUGAUCCGACUGGAAGCACCGGAACUAAGAACGCCAAUUGCAAUCGCCAUCCCCCGAGGAGUCAACCAUAUUUUGGCGCAAAUUGCUAUUGCGUAUGCCGGUGGAACCUGUGUCCCCUUGGACACAAAACAGCCGGACGUGUUUCUCCGGAAGCUUCUCCGAAACCUGGAUGUGAAGCUGGCUCUGGUAGAUGCCAGGAAUUGGGGUCGAUCUCUUGAGAUCGACAAUAUCCUUGUUGACCAUACACUGAGCCCUGUGAUAUCCGACGAGGAGUUUGAGGUCUCUUCCAAUGGGCCAUCAAGCUGUUCCCAUAUCCUACACACCUCAGGUACAACGGGAUAUCCCAAAGCCGCUCAGAUUCUAGCUGGCGGACUCAUCAACUUAGCAUUCAGCUCAAUAGCGCCAUUUCAAGAUGGCCAACGCCUUGCUCACAUCGGCAAUACCGUCUUCGACGUCACCCUGUUUGAAAUCUGGGUGUGCUUGUUGAGAGGUGGGACCUUAGUGAUCUAUCCACAUGAAACAGUCAUAGACCCCGUUCUAUUCUCACGGAGCCUCCGGGAGGACCGAAUCGAGGCUGUGUUUGUUACAACCGCGUUGCUAAAUACAAUUGUCAGCACCUGUCCGGGAGCAUUUUCCACCAUCCACACUCUGGCGACCGGUGGUGAGCCGAUCAACGUGCCGGUGAUCCGAAAGAUAUUUGACAACGGGCCCCCGGAGCGAGUAGUCCACAUAUACGGGCCGACAGAAUGCACCGUGUUUCUCAUCGCGCACGACGUUACCGCAGCCAAUAUCCACAAUGGUCAAAUUCCACUCGGAAGGCCAGUUAACAAUUGCCAGGUUUUCAUAGUCGACGAAAAUCUGAUUCCAGUUCCAACAGGCAGCGAAGGGGAACUGGUGGUAGCCGGUGCAGCAGUUAGCGCAGGGUAUUGUAGGAAUCCUCUAGCCAACGCCAAGUCGUUUAUAAACCCUCCACAUCUUCCACUGAAAGGCCUCGCGAUGGGAUUUCCAUGUCAUGUCUACAGGACAGGUGAUAUCGAGCGUAUGGACGAGUCUGGGUUAUACUAUUUUGUCGGCCGCCGGGACAGACAAGUCAAGAUCCGAGGCCACCGCAUCGAGCUAGAAGGUCUUGAGAAUAUCAUCUUGGGCACUAAUCUCGCGUCAGCAGCAGCUGUUGUCAAGAUUGAGCCCAAGGAUGCGAACGCAGAGCCAAUACUGGUUGCCUAUGUUGUACCGGAGUGCAUCCACAUCAACCGGGAGGCCGUAACACGAGCAUUCAUCAAUCACGCUCCUCAUCUUCCAGUGCCUCGCGUUGAGUUUAUCUCGGAGCUUCCAUUGGGAACGACAGGAAAGUGUAAUCGAAAGAAGCUUGAGGAGCUGUAUGUGGAGAAGAUGAGGGUCGCGCGUGAGAGUCAACUGCACUCGGACGGAAACGCUAACUCCGUGGAGGCGCGUUUGGAGCAGCUCUGGCUCGAAAUACUGGGGUAUCCAUUAGACCGGCUGAGUUCUUCCGAUGACUUCUUCCAUCUAGGCGGAACCUCACUGCAAGUCGCAUAUCUGAUCGGCCGAAUUCGACUUUUGCUAGGAAUUGAGCUGCGGUCUGCAGCUCUAUACGAGAAUUCCACACUAAGCCAGCUCACGCAGCUGGUGCAAAAGCUGAAGGAUGGACCAGCUUUGUCAAACGCAGCGGAGGAGCAAAGCGUCCUGGCUCGGGACUCGUUUCUGGGUCAAAAUCUACGGGUCAGUCUCGACCCGACCGUCGACUGGCUCGACGCUUCAGAAGGCCGAGUGUUCCUCACCGGAGCCACUGGAUUUGUCGGCGCCUUUCUUCUCGCAACAAUGCUGUCUAUGCCACAGGUCACCCAAGUCGCAUGCCUUGUUCGCGCCCAGGAUACAUCCGCAGCCGACCUGCGCAUCAAGAGAACAUUAGAGAAGUACAAACUGCGUGGUUUCCAGGAGAGAAAAAUCAUUCCUAUCACUGGCGACCUGUCGCUCCCACACCUUGGUCUUCCACAAGAACAGUACGAUCAUUAUGCAAGCUGGGCGAGUGUUGUCUUCCAUUUGGGGGCACUAGUCAGUUACGUCCAGCCAUACUCCCGUCAUCGAGCAGCCAAUGUCCUGGGAACAUUAGAGCUCUUACGAUUUGCCAAUCACUCCCGACCUAAACGACUGAUCUACUCCUCGAGCAUCGCCGCGUAUGGACCGACGGGAUUUGUCCAAGGAACCAAGACCAUCCCAGAGGAUGAGGCACCACUAGGCCACAUCACAGCUCUACAGUAUGACACGGGAUAUUCUCAAAGCCAAUUCGUGGCGGAAAAUGUGGUGUGGAAUGCCAUCCGCAACGGUUCACCCGCGAUCAUCAUUCGUCUCGGGUAUGUCUUGGGUCACAGUCAGACUGGAAGAGGGAACCCGAGCGACUUCAUCGGCUGUCUCAUGUCAUCGUGUCUUCAGCUGGGACAUUAUCCCAUCGUAUCUGGACAACGCAAGGCGUUUGCAUCAGUGGAUUUCGUGGUAUAUGCAAUGCUGCGAAUCGCCGCCUUCGAAGAGAACGUGGGCCAUGCUUAUAAUUUGAUCCAGCCGGAACCCAUAGAUCUUCAGGAAGCCUUCGACUUAAUCAGUGAACAGUGCCCUCGCCCGCUGAAAGGCAUCUCAUUUCCCCGCUGGCUGGACAUGUUCGUCGACGAUGCGACGAACCCGCUGCAUCCCUUUCUUCCGCUAUUCCAGGAGGAGAUAUGGGGUAGUCACACCCGUUGGGGGGUUCAAGAAAGUGCGCCUUGGUUUGAGAUUAACAACACUCUCCGGGCUCUUCGCGAUAGCCCGGAGCUGCUUGCUUGGAUGCCGGCGCUGGAUCUGCUUCGAAAGUACAUUCCCGGGUGGUCUGCGGCUUCAAGCAAUCUUUGA